AGGACAAAAUUUUGUGACAUUAUCAGAAAUUAUGGCGGAAUUUUCACCUUUCUUUAAGGAUCUAGCAGGUUUAUAGACUUAGAAGUGUGCUCAAGCCGACCAAAUAAUUUUGGUGUAUGUUGCGAAAUUAGUGCGGAGCGUUCCUGUGCUGUACUUUCCACGAUAAAGUUCCAAAAUCAUCUCCAGAGUUUCUGUACCGGACACAGUAGGAAAGGACCAGUAAACCAUGAGUGCCCCUGCUGUGAAACCUGUGUUAUCUGCACCUGCUGCUGGUGGCCAAGCACCUACACCCACUGCCACAAGUCCCCUUAAAAAUCACUCUGGUUCUCCUAAUUUGUCAAUAACCUUAGUCAAUGACAAAACACCAGAGAAACCCAAAGAUGCAGUAUCUUCUAAUGCCAGCCCAAAAUCAACUCCAAAUGGUGUAGAGGCUGCUAAAUCAGGAUCGCCUUUGGUGAAUGAUAAGAAAUCUGAUGAUUCGAAUCAUAUCACGUCAACCACUGCCACUACCCUGCCGGUUAACAAUGUGACUCAGAUUACAGCCUCACCACUCAAAGCUACACCUGAAAAGACUCAACCAGCCAAUAACACACCUCCAGCAUCAGCAAAUAACACUACCCCCAAAAGUCCUGCUCCUACUACAACGCCAGGUCCAACAGCUACAGCUGGAUCAGCACCACCACCAGCUGUAGGGAGUAUCACACCAGUGGCCUCUGACAAACAGGCAACUCCCACCAAAGCAAACUCAACUCCAAGUGAUGACAAAGAAAAGCCGACUACAGCAUCUCCAACAACCCCCAAGCGAGGUGCGGAGAAAACAGACAAACAAGAGAAAGAUAAAGAAAAGGCUGGAACUGCUUCACGUAUAAAACGCAAGAGAGAGACUGCUCCUCCAUCAACGCCUUCAUCAGAGGAUGCUGACUCUAAAGGCUCAAAACGAACUCGAGUUCCAGUUCAACCAUAUCAGAGUCCUAUGCCCGAUUUAUUUCCUACAAAGGUUAAAACUCCUGCCAAGCCUCCUGUUGUAAAAGAGAAAGAGAAAGAUACUGAUAAGGAGAAGUUGGUUAUCUUUUACAAAAAUGAGUUUUUAGCUGUGCGGAAUUCUGAGGGAAGCUUCUAUGUGUGUCAAGCAAUGCAGAAUGUUUACAAAUCCAGCCACAAAAUUAAAAUUCGAUGGCUUUCUCAGGUGGAGGGUGAGAAGUCUGAUGAUGGAACUGUUUAUUCUCCUGAUUUCUAUGAUUCAACAGAUUUUGAUUGUAUUCUGACUAGCUUGAGUCUGAAACGUGUUGACAAAAGUAAAUUCAAUUUGUCUACUGAUGAAACUUUGAGAACAGAAAAUAUCUUGAAAAGAGCAUUAGAUGUAGAAAAGGGUGUUUCUGAAAAACCUGAACUAACUGAAGAACACCCUGAUGGAUUGGACCUGUCUCUUUUUAAAGAUGAAGCCCAGCUAAAGAAGAGAAAAAGUCAAGGUAAGAGAGCUUCAGGCAGCCCAAAGAGGGCCCGCAGGUCACAAACACCUGUCAAGAAAGAGGAAAAGCCUAAGGUUGAAAAGAAAAAGCCGGUGGCAAGUCCCAAAAGAUUUCAACCAAGAAUGACACCAGGCAAGGGUGCUCCACCUAGAUUUGGUGGGAGGAAGGCCAGAUCGGUCUCAGUCGGAAAAACACCCAGGAAGGAUAAGGAAGAUAAACCAGAGAAAAUAGAAAAGCAGACUGCGCAAACAAGAGCAGAGCGCGCCUCAGAGCGGGAGAAGGCCAAGGAAUCUACUCCAGCUUCAAAGACACCUGCCAAGAGGAAAGCAGAGAGCCCGGUGCCUGUUGUUGAGACCAAAGCACCCAAGACGACUGCACGCACAGCGGCCUCCGCCAAGAAAGCUGCUGCUGAAGCUAAGGCCGCCGCACAGGCAGCCAUCGCUGCUCAAGCUGCCACAGCCUCGGCCCCCCCUGCUGGACGUAAGCCCCCAGCAAGAGGAAGAAGGGGAUUAGGCAAUGCCGAAUCUGCUGAGCCUGAAGUAGCUGCCCCUCAGAACCGUGCAACCAAGAGGAAUGUUCGGUCCUCAUCACCAGCUGAUACAGAAAAGAAAGAAAGCAAUGAAGCAACCAAGGAGGAGGUAGAGGCUAAGUCAGCUGAGGCUGCUGAUGCUCCUGCGUCAACAACAUCAGCAACAAAUGAGACUACACCAGCAACCACCUCACCUGUUGUGCCAGCCGUUGCCCCACCGGCAACACCUGCAGCCGCACCUGCUGACAGUGCUGCUGCUCCAUCUGAGCAGAAGGUUCAGGCACCUGCUGAAACAGCUACCUCCGCCGCAUCCACUGAGAGCACAACUGCUUCAGAAGCAAAAUCACCUUCAUCAGACGCAAGUCCCAACCGAGGGGCUCCUAAAAAGUCCACAACCCCAUCGCCCCCUAAAAAGGCCUAGAGACAAUUUCAUGGACUGAAGAACAUUAUAUUUUAUCUAAGCAUCAAUCUUGAUAGUUUUACCUUGGAAGUGAUUUGAAUGGUGUGAUGGAGAGUUAAAUAGAUGCUAACUCCCUUACUACAAUUUAAUGCUUUGGUUGUUCA